CCCUGCCCGCGGCCCCCGGCCCUGCCUCCGUCCCCCGCCCCGUCCCCCCUUGGCCCAGUCUCUGCGAAGUGGCGCCAGCCUCCCCGGGGAGCGGCCGGGGGAGGCGCCGGGUUCAUGUUCCGGGUCGCUGAGCCUACCCCGACCCGAGCUCAGGCGGCGAGAAAGAGCUGGCAUUUCAGUAGGACUAUGGAGGAGCUGGUUCACGAUCUAGUCUCAGCACUGGAAGAAAGUUCAGAGCAAGCCAGAGGAGGUUUUGCUGAUACUGGAGAUCAUUCUCGAAGUGUGUCUUGUCUUCUAAAGCGACAGGCAAGGAAAAGGAGGGGACGAAAAAGACGUUCAUUUACCAGCCAUCAUCCCUGGGAGACUGGUCACUGCUUAAGUGAAGGUUCUGAUUCCAGUUUAGAAGAAUCAAACAAAGACUACAGGGAGAAUCAUGCCAAUAAGAAAGACCACAGUGACUCCGAUGACCAGUUGUUGGUUGCUAAACGUAGGCCUUCCUCAAACUUAAAUAACAUUAGAGGCAAAAGACCUCUGUGGCAUGAACCAGAUUUGGCUGUUGACAGUUUGGGAAACAGAACUUUGCGCAGGAGAAGAAAGGUAAAACGGAUGGCAAUAGAUCUGCCAUCAGAAGUCUCUAAUGCACUGACAAUAACUCAACAGCAGGAUAACAGCAGAGAUCAAGAAAUGGACAAUGACAAUAAAUCAUACCAACACCAAGAGUUUUCUAAGAGCAAAGUGAAAAAAAGAAAAGUAGCUGCAGCUCGACAAGGACCGGAAAUCUUGGAUGAAGGGGUAGUUAUAGAAAAUGAAGAAGUGAACCAAACAAAUAAGGACAAAAUGGAGUAUGAGGAGCAAAAAGGCUCAGAUGAGAACAUGAGUGACAGUGAAUCCAGCAGUCUGAGCAGCAGUGAUGCUGGUUUGUUUACCAAUGAUGAGGGAAGACAAGGUGAUGAUGAGCAGAGUGAUUGGUUUCAUGAAAAUGAAUCUGGUGGAGCAUGUGGAAUUACAGGAGUCAUUCCAUGGUGGGAACAAGAAGACUCUACAGAGCUGGAGAGAGAAUUGCCUGAUCCAGUCUUUGAAAGUAUCUUAACUGGUACUUUCCCUCUUAUGUCCCGUUCAGGGAGGAGAGGUUUCCAGGGUAGAUUUAGUCAUCUUCAUGGAGUGCCAGCAAGAAACAUAAAAAAGGCUUCAGGAAACCAGAAUGCAUUGAUAACUCCAGGACCAGGUGGUAGCAGGAAAACAGUUCACUUGUCCCAGGAUUCUCUUCACCAUGACCACUGGUUUAGCCCUGGGGCUAGGAAGGAACAUAGCCAGCUUCAACUCUUGCGCGACAACCGAUCGGAGAGAGGACACAAGAAGAACAGCUCUGUAAAAACAGCUAGCAGGCAAACCAGUGUACAUUUAGGAUCAUUGUGCAUGGGAGACAUCAAACGGAGAAGGAAAGCUGCUCCCCUGCCAGGACCCACAGGGUUUGUAGGUGAAAACACCCAACCAAUCCCAGAAAACAACAUUGGAAACAGAAUGCUUCAGAGUAUGGGCUGGACCCCUGGCACGGGCCUUGGACCAGACGGCAAAGGGAUAGCAGAGCCAAUACGAGCCAUCCAGAGACCAAAAGGACUCGGACUUGGAUUUAGCUGACAGAAAGGCACUCUGGCUGCCCGAUUGAAAAGAAAGCUCAAAAUCAAUUUUAAAAGACCAAAAAAAAAGAAAAAAAAGGCAAACAUAUUAUUCGUUAUGAUCAGCAAAUCCAGUUAUUCUUCUCUCAAAGAUCACUGAAGUCAAUGUGCUUCACAUUAGCUACACCAGCUGCAAGGUACAGCCACAGUGACAGAAUCGGCAUUCGAGUCUAACUUUAUAAUGGUGCUAAAGUGUACAAAAACUUCUACUUUUUUUUAUUUUCUGUGGUCUUAAAGUUUGUAUUAAGCAUAAAAUUCAGUAUAUUCGCUUUUUUUCAUAAAAGCUUCUGACACAGCAGGUUUUAGUAUAUAAGGAAAUUUUUUUUUGUAACUAUAAUUUCAUCUCGAGAGUCUUGAUAAGAUUUGUCAAGGAAAAUUGAACUUUUUACAGCUGUUGUGUUUUCCCCCUUUUCAGGCAAAGUUUCCAAACCUGGUAUUUCUAGUGUUUAACAAUAUUUGAGGAUAAGCUGUCAUUUUGUCCAUAAGAUAUACACGUUUCCCACUGGAAGGUGAUAUGAUAUGCAAUUUUGUAUAAGAGCAUGAAAACUGCCUUUGUUGUCAUAGGAAUGAACACCAUUAUCACUGUCUUCCACAUUCAAGCUCAAAAGUAAAGCUUUUAUACUUGUUUUUACAUUUACAGGAUUAUCUUUUUUCAGCAAACAUUUCAAAAAGUUGAAGUUUAUUCUGACUUUGGAUUUCCCUUUAUAUUAAUAAUCCUCAGUGUUUCCACAUUUAAGAAUAGUUUGAGCUUUGAACCAGGAAAUUGUAUUUUAGAG